AUGCCGGGUUUAACUGAGUCUUUCGUUGGCUCAAUAGAUCAGGGAACAACAAGCACCCGGUUUCUGAUCUUCAACAGAGACGGUGAGCCUGUUGCAUCACAUCAAGUGGAAUUUGAACAAAUAUACCCAAACCCAGGAUGGCACGAACACGAUCCCCUCGAGCUCGUUUCGUCAGUCGAGACAUGCAUUGAAGAAGCAGUUAAAAAAUUCGAAGAGAUCGGGCACACUCGAGAGUCCAUAAAGGCAAUCGGAAUAACCAACCAGAGGGAAACAACGGUGCUAUGGGACUCCGAGACUGGAGAGCCUCUGCACAAUGCAAUUGUGUGGACAGACACUCGGUCACAAACUAUUGUGAGGGAGCUAAGAUCCAGGAAGGGUGCCGAAGAUUUGCAACAAAUCUGUGGUUUACCUCUCUCGACAUAUCCAUCUUCGACGAAACUGCUAUGGAUGGUCAAGAAUGUACCGAAGGUCAAAGAGGCAUAUGAUAAGGGGCGGCUUGCGUUCGGUACUGUCGACUCAUGGCUGGUAUAUAAGUUGAAUGGCGGACCAGCAGCUAAUGUAUUUGUUUCCGAUCCAACGAACGCAUCGAGAACGAUGUUUAUGAAUUUAGCAACUCUCGAAUACGAUGAUCGCCUUCUAGACUUCUUUGGGGUCAAAGGAAAGAUACAUCUACCUCGAAUCGUGCCUUCGUCAGACAGAAAAUCGUACGGAAAUAUUUCUUCCGGUAUCCUUGAAGGAGUCCCAAUCAUGGGAUGCCUAGGAGAUCAAUCUUCCGCCUUGGUAGGUCAAAAGGGGUUUUAUCCCGGUUUGGCAAAGAACACAUAUGGAACAGGCUGCUUUCUCCUAUACAACGUCGGGGAGAAGCCCGUGAUAUCAAAGCACGGCUUGCUGGCAACCGUCGCAUUCCAGUUCGACGGCAAACCUGUCUAUGCUCUGGAAGGUAGCAUUGCCGUAGGGGGUUCAGGGGUCAGAUUCCUGCAGAAUAACCUCAGCCUGUUCAAAGAAUCCAAGGAUAUCAAUGAAUUGGCAGCAACUGUGGAAGACAACGGUGGCUGCAUCUUUGUGACGGCUUUUAGUGGUCUGUUCGCUCCAUACUGGAUAGACGACGCUAAGGGGACGAUCUUUGGCAUCACACAAUACACACAAAAAGGCCACAUUGCUAGAGCGACGUUGGAAGCAACUUGCUACCAAACUAAAGCAAUAUUAGAUGCUAUGGAGAAAGAUAGUGGACAUGCGCUUUCAGAGCUUGCUGUUGACGGAGGCAUGAGUAACUCAGAUCUCGCGAUGCAGAUUCAAGCAGAUCUAGUAUCAAUCCCAGUAUACCGUCCCAAAAUGCGGGAAACCACUGCUCUUGGAGCCGCUAUUGCCGCUGGCUUAGCCCUAGGCCUUUGGCGCAACUUCACCGAGUUGAGAGACAUUAAUCGCGCUGGUGGUGCAGUCUUUGAACCUAGUGUACCUCCUGAGAAAAGCGCCGAGAUGUUUGCUCUCUGGGAAAAGGCAGUUCAAAUGUCGAAAGGAUGGGUGAAAAAGGAUAAUGAAAACAUAAAUGGAGUACACCAAAUUCGCAGACCGUCAGUCAUUGCUAAUGGCAAGCCUAAUGAACCAGUAUUCAUCACACAAUCCGUCUAUGAUGACUUGGAUGGAGCAGAUGAAGAAGAUCUGCUACUGGAACUACGCAAGAUUGAGAUUCAACAGCGUUUGAAGCGUUUGAGAAAAGAAUCGAAGUCAUAA